AUGGGCUGCUUCACAUUCGUCAAAUUGAUGAUGGUCUUGUUCAACUUGCUUAUCUUUCUGGGUGGCCUGACCCUGCUGGCCAUGGGGAUCUGGGUGAGCGUAGAUGGGGGCUCCUUCCUCCGGGUGCUGGGGCCGUUCUCCAGCCAAGGCAUGCAGUUUGUCAAUGUUGGCUUUUUCUGCAUUGCCAUCGGGGCCGUGCUGGUGCUGCUGGGGCUCCUGGGCUGCUGUGGAGCCCACAAGGAGAGCAAGUGUCUGCUGCUUACGUUCUUCUCCAUCAUCCUCAUCAUAUUCAUCGCUGAAGUGGCAGCCGCGGUCGUGGCUUUGGCCUACUCUUCAUUUGCUGAGGGGAUCCUGAGAGCGUGGGCGACCCCUGCUUUACAGAAAGAGUAUGGCAGUGAUCAGGUUGUCACUAAGAUCUGGAACACCACCAUGACAGAGCUAAAUUGCUGCGGUUUCACCAACUACACGGACUUUGUGGGCUCUAAGUUUGAAAAGGACAAUGGAGGCAGCCUGCCACCCACCUGCUGCUGGACCAACAGCUCCCCCUGCAGCCCGGACGAGGCCGAGCGCAGCGCUAAGCCGGGCUGUUUCAAAAAUAUGCUGAAGACCCUCAAGGAGCACGCCAAUAUCGUGGGAGGCAUCGCAGCAGGAAUAGGAAUCUUAGAGAUUGCUGCCAUGGUAGUGUCCAUGUACCUGUACUGCCACCUGGACAACCGAAUCAGCUGA